AUGAAUUGCUCAAGGGAGAAAGGGUGCUCUCUCGUCAACGACGUAGAGCAUACCUUCGAACCGCGCGUGCCGCCGCAGGUCUUUAUGGUCAACAAUGGCCUCCCAGCAGAGGCAGUGGUGGUAGAUACCCUGGCCGUCCACCGCGAUGCUCGACAACUGGUCCGCCUUGUACAAUGUCCCCGGUGCUCCCACCCACUCAAGACUCCUGUGACACUGCCAUGUUCACAUACCGUCUGCCGUGGAUGUCUACCAGAACCCCAACCACGGACAAAUAUAUCUUAUCCACAUACCCCGGAUCGUCUGAUAGGAAUUGCAUGCCCGCUGAUGGGAUGCGGGGCAGAGCACGCAGCUGCGGAGUGCUCGGUGGAUGUGACGUUGACUAAGCUGAUGGAGCUGGUUCAACAUGAGAUAGCGCAGCACAGGCCAUCUUCGGAAGACUCGCCUACCCUGCUCGAGGAGAUCCUGCGACAUGAUGAGAUGGAAGAUGAUGACGACGAGAAAGAGAAGAAACAGAUCAGUGAAAAGGGUCACCGGCAGGUGUUGCACGGUGGGCGCCUGGUAUCCACAUACGAUAUGGCCGAGAUGGGACAGCUUCAGUAUAGCUCCGAAGUGGAAUAUUCGACCAUCUCAGCGGAUGGGGACGCAUACGAACAGCUGGAUGCGACAGUCCUUGAGCGCCUGCGAGAAGUAACGUACCAGGAACUGGACUGCCUUGUCUGUUACAACAUGAUGCUGGAACCAACAACGACCACCUGCGGCCAUACCUUCUGUCGCCGUUGUCUAGCCCGUGUCAUGGACCACAGCAACAUCUGCCCGUUCUGCCGAAGAGAUUUACAUGUCUCUGCAUCUUUGCAGACGAAUCAGUGCAGCAAUGCCAUCCUGAACUCCCUGUUGAACGGACUAUGCGCGGAUCUUGUUGCUUCCCGCGCCGCUGCGGUAAGGGCUGAGGAGCAAGCUGGUCAUGAGGUCUUAAGCACACCACUCUUCAUCUGCACCCUGGCGAUGCCUGCUAUGCCGACCUUCCUCCAUGUCUUUGAACCUCAGUAUCGCCUGAUGAUGAGACGUGUUCUAGAGGGCAACAGGCAAUUCGGCAUGGUCAUGUACAACCGUACAUCCUCAUCGCAAGGUGAUCUCGGAGCCAUCCCAUUCCUCGAGUAUGGUACCUUGCUCGAGAUCGUCAACUACGAGCUCCUUCGUGAUGGCCGCAGCUUCGUGGAAACUCGAGGCAUCGGUCGUUUCAAGGUCCAGGCCCAUAGCAUGCUUGAUGGCUAUAAUGUUGCCAGCGUUGAGCGUGUCGAGGAUGUGUCUCUAGCCGAAGAGGGUGCACUGGAGCAGCGUGAGACGACCAUGGCACGAGAUUUCGCAGAAUCACACUUCCGGGAGGACCCACAAACUCAGCUCCCUACAGACAUUGCUAUUGAGUCGCUGUCGACACAACAGCUUCUCGACACAUGCACGGCGUUUGUCCGUGAAAUGAGAGAGGCUAGUGCGCCGUGGCUUCGCGAGCGCAUUAUCCAGGUUUACGGAGAACCGCCUGAGGAUCCCGCUCUGUUCCCAUACUGGUUUGCAUCUGUCGUCCCGGUAUUGGAAGAAGAGAAGUAUGUGCUUCUACGGACGACACGAGUCCGCGAACGCCUGAAGAUUGUAUACUCCUGGAUUGGAAGGAUACGUGGGCAGCGAUGGGCCUCUGGCAGCGCUUGCAACAUUCUUUGA